UGAGUUCCACGCCAUUUGUUUCGCGCUCAUCUGUAGUUGCUAAGUGUUGAAGAGCACAGUCGGUCGCAAAAUUACAGCGAAAAAGGAGGAAGAGAUGUCUGCUAGAGGAAAGCGAAAGGACGAUGAAGACCACGCAUCCGAAGGAGAUGCUCCUCCGAAGAAGACAUUUAAGAAAGAUUCCGAAGAAACCGACGAAAUCGUCGUCUGCGAGAUUUCGAAGAACCGUAGAGUUAUGGUCAGGAACUGGCAAGGAAAGAUUGUGGUGGAUAUUCGGGAGUUUUAUGUGAAAGAUGGAAAGGAAAUGCCUGGAAAAAAAGGCUUCUCGCUAUCCUUGGAUCAGUGGAAUGUUCUUCGAAAUCACGUAGAAGAAAUCGACAAAGCUGUUAAUGAAAAUUCGUGAGCAAAUUAGAUCAGGCAUUUUUGUUGAUAACGGAAAUAUGACCUUUUGUACAGGUAAUGGGCUUGUUUUUGUGGGCAUGAAGACCAAAGAGCAGGUAUUAGCAUUUAUAUCUACAUUAACUGCAUCACUUGGAUUGGCAUUUUGAUAUUGUAGACCAGAAACAUGAUAUUAUAAUAUAUUAUGGCAUAACUGACAA